GGGAAUUCAUGGGGAUGAGAGAGUAAUAUGCGGGGUAAAUUAACUAAAUUUUAACAAGCUAGACGAGUCUACAACAAAUAGCUGCGCUGUUCUAUAUCUUAGAGAUGUACUCCACAUAUUUUAUUCCUAAUUAUAUCUUUUUACUUUUAUGGGGUUAUUUUCUCAAUAUUACCAAAUUAAAAAUGAUUUCCAAAAAUGUGACCAUUUUUACAUUUUGAACAAAAAAGUGAUUAAAAUAUUUUUGACAACCAAAUAUUCAUGUCACUGCUCCAUUUUUGUGUCACUAGCAAAUGUCACUGUUGUCGUCGCCUGUGUCACUGCUACCACCGACUUCCCGGACCGCUUUCCCGGCGGUGACCACCUCUCCUCAGCCCCUGUACCGCUGCCGCUGCCCCACACCACCCUCAUUGUACACCACUCUCAACCCCUCACCACUGCAACCAUCACCCACCAGAUCUACAACCCUCCCGGUGGCCGCGGCUCCAGCUGUGACUGUCCUCCCAACCCCUUGUAGCACACAAGUCUCUCCCUAGACCUAACCCUCUCUUCAGCAUCCCCAAUCGUCACACCCCAUCCCACACCCAUACCCGCCGCCCAAAUCAACCUCAUCACCGCCCAAUUCAAUGUCACUGCCGCCCAAUUCAACCGCACCACAAGAUCCGAAAUCUCACGGCGACGUGGAUGAGACGACAUAUGGCGGAGGUUGGAGAUGGAGAAAGCGAACAUGGACGGGCUUGGCGGAGUAUGGUGGAGGUUGGAGACGGAGGUGGGGCUUUUGCGCCUGGGGCGAACGACUUUAAUAUGUCUGCUUCUCCGGAGCUGCAAGCUUGCGACGAAAGGGAAGAAAUGCGUAGAUAUGGGGUCUUGUUGCAGAAGACUGACGCAGAAGACAGAGGGGAGUGAUUAGUUUUUGGAAUUAGAAACUCAGAGAGUAAUAUUAG